GGUUUUUUGGACAACAUAUGUCUGCUGUGUCGCACACUGGUGGAAAAGUUGAAUCUGACUCUACAACGCCUGCCUAAUUUGAAGGCGACUUCAUUUCUGCCACCUCCACCCUCACAGUCUUCGAUCUCCAACAGUGUUCCCUUACUCGCCUUGGAGGGUGGGAUGACUGGCGUCCGCGAAGAGGAUCGGCUCUGCAGAGGCCGCCAGCAGGCUUGGAAGGUCCUCACUGAGGAACUUGUUAUUCAGUUGGAACUACUGGACGAAGACGGCCCUGUGACGAAACCACUGGAAGGGGGAGAAGGAUUACCAGCAUCCUCUACCAUGGGGACAAAACAGAACACCAACUGCCUUCAACCUAUGCCAAAAUCCACACGGAGGGCCAAGAAACGAGUGGAGAAACAAAACGAUCAGCUCAAGGCCAACACGUACACCCGCAACUUUACAUUUGCUGAUCGAUAA